GCUUUAUCGCCCUGAUACGGCCGGAAAUCUCAUCCUCUGCGUCAUCGUCAUCUGAUAUACCAUCGCUGUCUCCAACUCUGCCUGGAGUCCUUGUAAGUUGACAUUCUUACUAUCAACCGCAUACAAUCAACAGCCUGUAGUUGAUGCGCAUUGCUGUUUGCCCAGCGACAACGAGCACAGGCACAGACUGCAGCAGAUCCAACUGAUAGCAGCAACCAGGACUAAACUGCAGUCAUGGGCCAACUCAACAGCAACGAGGCGAACCUGACGAGGAUAUCUCCUCAGGAAGUGUCCUCGCGGUUCGCGACGAAAUGUGGUCAGCAGUUCACGGGUAUCGAGCUGUGGGCGUUCAAGGAUGUGUUUCGACGGAAUGCAAAGGUCAAUGAUAGUAAAUACUACUGGACCCUCGAGAGCUUCGUCAACUUCCUCGAACUCCCCGACUCAGUCUCCGAAUCCUCCAAGAUCCUCUACUCGGUAGUCCACUACCUCUGCCUCUUCCCCUUCAUCCGCCCUCGCGACCCGCCUCUCUCCUUCUCGCAAACAAUGCCGACAACGCUCACCUUUGAAAACAUGGUCAAGGUCGUCGUCUUGCUCACCGGGCGCUACAAAAAGCUGCUCACGAGCGACUACGAUUUCUUAAAAUUGCUGUUUUGCGCGGUCGCGCAAUAUGAGGUCGCUAUGCGCGCUGACUCGGAGUAUCGCGAGAAAGUAGCCGAGAGCGAGACCGAGACCGCGGAGGCGGCUGAUGAGCAGCAGAGCAGUAGCGAGGAGAAAGCAAAGGAGGAAGCGGGGCCGGAGAAACCGUCGGCGGCUUCGUCUGGAGCAGAGGAGAAGGUCGGGUUCUGGGACAAGAAGAUCUCGCAAUUCGAAAAGUUCACCGACAACCUCCUCAAAUCCGAUAAAGAAAAGGAGAAAGAAGCUACAUCAUCAGCAGCAGCCGGCUCGUCGGCCUCGACCACCUCGACCGACGACGAAAUGCUGAUGGUCGACCUCGACAAGAUCGAGAGCUGGUUCGAUCUCGACCUGAUCAAAGCCUACGACGGCAUCGACGUCGACGACCUCAGACUUUCCCCCACCUCGCUCUACCACAUCUUCACCCUGCUUCUUGCCAUCGCACCCUUGCAACCGCAAGAAUCAGUCACCACGUACGCCUCGCAUUUCGAAGAACCUGCUUUGUCGAAUUAUAAGAAACUCGCGGCGGCGAUGACGCGGUCGUUUGCGCCGAAAUGGACGCUGAAGGAUGCGAAUGAUGCAGAGUACGUGCGCGCAAACGGAAUCAGCUACGCGAGAUUCUUCAACGUCGUCAAGUCGGCUAUGCCGUUUGCGUUUGACGGCUUGGGUAUCUUGUUUGAGCAUUUCCUGUUCAACCGCCGCAUCGCACCCGACACGCCUAAACCGCCUUCGAUACAUGAAGAUGACGAAGAGACGAUCCACUCUAGCUCGCCCUCGCGCCAUCCCUACCUCUCGUCCUUCGACCGCGACAGCCUUGACGAGCUCGACGAGGACGAAGAAGAAGAACGUCGCAAGGCGACUCCGAUCCACAAACGUCCUCGGCUGCCGGAACCCACCAAGCUAAUGACCGCGGCCACGAUCGGUCAGCUCGCGACCUUUAUGAACGUAAACAACUUCCAGCUCUACGGCGGCCUCAAGAAACUCUACGUCGGCUCCGAAGCCGGGUUCUCGAUGGGCUCGUUUGAGCAGAAAGUGUUUAAGUGGAACGCGCCCACAAUCUUGCUGAUCCAGGGAUACAUGAUGGAUCCGAACGGGCGGAGUGCGCGCGAACGAGCGUUCUUGGACCAGAUCCCGCCCGCGAGGUAUGCGAGCAGUUGCUCGAUGGUCAAGCAGCAUAACGGCGAGCUUGUCUUUGGCGCCGUCGUCAACACGCCUUGGAAGAAUUCUAACAAGACAUGCUUUGGUGACGGCUCGACAGCUCUGUUCCAACUCGAACCCCUCCAGGAUGUCUUCAAAGCCCGUCCCUACAACGAAAACUACGUCUACUUUUCCAAAACCCUCGGCAUCGGCUUCGGCAACCUUCCCCCAAAGCAAAACACCCACCAAAACAACGGUCUCCCGCAAUACGACUUUGGCGACGUCUCGCUCACGCUCGAGCCCUCGUUCGAGUACGCCGUCUUCCGCAACGUCGGCUCCGAAACUUUCCGCCGCUCGCAGAUCCGCGAGAAUGUCGACUUUGAAGACCGCCUCGCCAUCACCGAGAUGGAGGUCUGGGGCGUCGGCGCAGACGACGUGUUGCGCGAGCAGGCGAAGCUGUGGGAGUGGGAGGAGAACGAGGCGUUGCGGAGGAAGAACGUGAAUCUGUCGAAGGAUAUUGAAGAGAGCAGGGCGUUGCUUGAGAUGGCGGGUUUGGUCGGCGGAGGAAACCGCUCGGGCGGUAGUGCCGCUUAGUCUUUUUGUUCUUUUACCACCCUUUUUUGUCUUGCAGUUCGUGAUAAAGCGUGUUAACUGCGGUCUGUAAAUUUUCCGAUAUCGAAGUUGUCGUUAUUUGUGCCUAAUAGAAGUUGGCGGGGUGCGGCUCUGUUUAAUUUGGUCUUGUAAA